AUGUAUGCCAGGAAGUGGUUAUCAAAUAAGCUGGAAGUCUUGCAGAGCAUUCCAUCUUCAGACUGCGCCACCGAAGUUGAUCUUGAUCGUGGUAAGUCACCUCAAGUCAAAACCCUAGGAGUCUUUUGGUCCCCCGUGAAGGAUGUGUUUAAGUUUCAAGUGAACCAGCCUGCUGAAAAACGUGACAAAACGAAACGAAACUUUUUGAAAGGGAUAGCAACAUUGUUUGACCCUCUUGGCCUGUUAACACCAUACACUGUCCGAGCCAAGAUCCUGCUUCAAGAAAUGUGGGCGAGUGGUGUGGACUGGGAUGAGCCCGUUGGUGAAAACUUGUCACAGCAGGCAAUACAAUGGUUCAAUAAAAUGCCAGCACUGUACAGCCUUAAGGUUCCGCGAUGCCUGAGAGAUCCCACUACUAUUGAAGAGAUGACCAUGCACACUUUUGUGGAUUCAUCCCAAGAAGCAUAUGGUGCAGCCUGUUAUGUUAGACACCUUUACAAGGAUGGAACUGUUUCUUCCCGCCUUGUGGCAUCAAAAUCGCGUGUUGCACCACUCCAAGCCGUUAGCAUACCAAGAUUGGAACUCAUGGCGGCUGUUGUAGGACUCAAACUUGCAGAAACCGUAGGACAGGUGCUUUGCAUUGACAAGAGCAAAUGGGUCUUCUGGUCUGACAGCAUGGAUGUACUUCACUGGAUUCGAGGUCAGAGUCGAAAGUUUAAACCAUUUGUGGCUAAUCUCGUUGGGGAAAUCGAGGCGUCGACAAAUCCGGAGCAGUGGAGAUUUGUGCCGACUAAGCAGAACCCGUCUGACUUACUUACAAGAGGGCUUAGUGUCUCCGCUCUUGCUGAAGAAGACAAAUGGUGGAGUGGUCCCACCUUCCUGAAGCAGGACCCUUCUGAGUGGCCAGAGAACAAAAUUGAAACCAAGAGAGUGUUAGAUGUCGAGAUGCGGAAGUCGCACCAGAUGAAGAGACGUACUGAGGAAAGAGCAUUCCUUUCUUCAAGCAGUGAAGACCGAUUAGAACCACGAAGAUACUCAAGUUGGAUCAUGGCUGCGCAGAAAACAGCUGUGUUGUUGAUACUGAUGCGAACUACAGCACGUCUGUUCGCCGAUGGCUACUCCAGAAAUUCUCAUUUUUCCUAUUUCGUAACCUUUAACAAUAAGAGGCUCAAAGGAUACAUUUUCAAACGGUCUGACUCACCCAGUUUGUUAUCGUGCGGUCAAGAAUGUCUGAGAAACACCUGGUGUAGUUGCACCAACUUCAAGUUGUCUCUCAAGAAGAAAAGCAUUGAAGGAACUUGUGAACUGAACAAGCACGACAUCUCUGUUGUGAGCGAAAGAAGUAGUAACUUCGCUGAUCAGGAAGAAACGACUUUCACAUUGCUUUUAAAG